UUCCAUGAGGAAAAAGAGAUCAUCGUGUUGGACACUCGGAGAGCGCCCUGUUGCUCUGUGGAAGAUUCGUUCACAUCUAUACCCUAUUAUAACGGAAGGGGUUGAAGUUCACGUUGUGUUAUAGAGGCAUGGGUUGGAAUCCCCUCUCUCACCCACACCCUCUCAUGGAUAUUGCGUGACCCAGGCGAUUUACGGAUAACCCGACAUAGCAACAGUUUCACAUUCAACCUUCGGAUCACAGAUUUGCAUUGAAAAGUACACGUUCUCCAUUGAAACAAUAUUCGAAUUUACUACAAACAUUAAUACACGGAGCCGAUAUUUGUAAUAUUGUUCCGGACAAUGAACGUGUAGCCUAUAUCAGGUGAUUUAUGGCAAUACGAUCGAGCACCUGUCAUGCUAAGUCGUGUAUCAGCAUUGAAGUGUAAAUACCGGUGUUGUCGCAAAUACAUGCCGCCGUGGAUCUGCCAUGUUGUCGGAACAGAUCAAGUCGAUUUACAUUGGAUUGGGAGUUCACCGACUGACAAGCGACAAGAAUUAACGCCAUUACAUCGAUCAGCGAGGAUACGCACACACGACCAAUUCAUCUGACAUAUCCGCGGAGUUAAAAGUACAUCGAACGAUUACGAUUGUCAUCUACAAAAUCCGACUUCAUCCGAAUGGCUGUAUACACUUCUGUGAUGUUUCCGAAGGAUAACAGCGGUGGUUUAUGGGUUUUUUAAAUACUAUAAUUGUGAUCCCCACAUGAUUUGGGUUUCUUGACCACGUAAGUAAAAAGGCAUUGUUUGAUUGUUCUGUUCUGAUAGUGUGUCAUUAUGCAACAAGGGCGCCUACACGAGCUGUUGACGUUUGAACAAUAGCGCCGAGCUCUAUCAAAUGUGAUCGAAUGUUUGUGCUUGAUUGAAGCUGACUUGAUUAUCCUGUUGUGUUCUAUGCGAAUGACUUGGCUGCAGGUUAUAAACGAGAUUCUGGACGCGGGAGGCACUGCCUCACACAAACAACCUGCGAAAUUAUCCACGGACUCGCGCAAUAAUAUUGAUUCCGUCGGGAAGGUGUGACGGCAAACAGCUUCAAACGCUUUUUAAACGCUCGGCAAUCUUGCCUCAGUUGGAUUUAUUAUGCAUUGCAGGCGUGCAUGACGAAGUUAUUUCACGGCUGACUACGCUGAUAAGCUUCCAGCUUACAGUCUGUCCGAGGAGUGACCAGGUGGGUCAAGCAGUACCUGAGACAUGCUGAACCAAGGUGUUGCCUGGCUGGCUUCAGGGUACAGACCUGGUCAGCAACAGAAUUCCGACAAUGCUUCCAUUCCGGAAUCUGAGGACAAUAUACGUAUAUCAGAGGAAGAGGUGGCACGGAGGUACCCUGAAUGGGGUGGUCACCCCCAGCCCCCACCCCCAUCACCUACCCAGCGGCGGGCACAAAGCGCCAGGGCCAGGAGCCUCAACAAGACAGAAGAGACGAAGCAGGAAGCGGCCAAGUUCAAGAGACCGGGCAGCGCGCGGCCCUUAUCCGCUGGGAGAGGGGUGCCGAAGAAAAGGGCGGGUAGUGCUGGGACAACCCGGUCCCUCCCUGUCACCCCAAGGCAGGGGAGACCUAUCACGGGAUAUUUCAUUCCAAAGGAUCCUCGGACUAAACUGAAGAUUGAUUUCCACCCUGAUCCCAAUCACCAAUAUAUGGACCGCCAUUCUAGGUGCUUUGAUACCAGUCACAUCCACGACCCACUGCUGUCGUACCGACCCCGGCCGUCGUGUCGAGCUGCCUGGGUCCCCACGGGCACGCGUCCCGGGUCCUCGUGCAGCGCUCGUUCAUCGUACGUGGAUCACUUGAGUAAAAUCCAGCGUUACACGGACAACCACAGGCCGCAGACAGCGCCAGGCACGAGGAAAGAACUCCAGAUUUUAACAAAGAGCAAUUUUGUCGUGCGAGGCAUCAAGCCCCACUUCUGCAACUUCGUUCAAGGGGUGCAGCUACAUGAACGGGACAUCAACACCCAACCCAACAGCCGCCAUGGCGAUGGCGGUGAUGACAAUGACGAUUAUGACAAUGGCACGGUGGUUGAGUCGACCGAUGGAAUAUCUCUUGGUCAGUGGCGACACCAUCGCUCAUCCAGGAGUGGUACGGAGGGACGGCCAGGCUCCCCGAGUUCUGUGGGGGAUGGGCUGGAGGAUGACAUGUCAAGUAAACUAAACACGGACGCCUUGCCACGGUCACUCUACGGGGCUAAGAUUAACACUGACUUGGACGGAGACGGCAAGGACAGGCUCAAAGCCAAUAAAGAAAAUGAACUGCGGCCAUAUAUACAGAUUCCGUCCCCGGAACCCCCUGUUGAUCCAAAACCUGCAUGGAGAGACACGGUGAAGAAGUCCAGUAAGGGCAGUACUGGCAAGAAGGGGAGACAAGCAGGCAAGUCCACCACAGGGGGUGCAGGGGGAGCUGGUGGGGAGGGGAACGGGGAGGAUGGGGGGAAGAAGAGGUCGUGUAUCAAGAAGAAGGACAAGAAGAAGACGGACAGACACCGGAAGAGUACAAUGGACUCGGAGCCGCAGGUGGAGCCUGUGACAACCAUUGUGGAGGAGAAGAAGACUCCGGAGCCGGAGAAAACUGACGCUGACAAUCACCAGGCUGACAGCAAGGUACCGGAUCUUCCCUCCUCCAGCAAGAACGACAAACUUCGGGAACAGAGGGCAGAUCGAGCCCGGCGCCAGCAGAUCGAGGCAGAGUUCCUCCGUUCUGAUCUCAAUGAGCUGUUGAUGCAGGAAAUGCGCGAUCAUCGCAAGGAGUUUGACUUCGAUGCAGACAGCAUGAGUGACGAUGCUCUCUCUAAGACAUCAAACAGCGUGUCAGAUCUGUCUGACAUGGAUCUUCUCAAAGACUCAUACGACAAUAACCGCGUGCGGAUGAGUUCAUGGCUGACUGGCCGUCUAGCUCUGUCUCAGCAAUCCAGCCGAUUCACCCUGCCAAUGGACAUGAAGGUGCUCGAGAAGAUGACCCCACAGGACUAUCUGCGGACCUACUGUGUCGUAUCCUCCAGGCGCCAUAUACUUUACCAGAAAAUACACUCCAAGAACAGAGACAAGACAGGUGUCAUCCCCUUCAAGGACAUAGAGAAAGCCCUGAAGGAUGUCCUGGUGAACACUAUCAGCAAGGAGGAGGUUACCGAUGUGUGUCAGCUGCUUGAGAUUGAUGAGGAGACAAACAUCGACUACCAGCUGUUCUGUGGAGUUGCAGCCUUCGCUGAGAGGAUUCUGUAUCCCAAGUUUGUGACUGAGGACACAGCCGAGCUACCAGAGUUCCAGAGAGAAAAGAUUGAGUGUGCAGACUUCUGUGCAUUGGAUUGGAAGUUUCAUGGAGUCAAUGUGAAUCCGCCUGUGAAGAAAAUGUUGAAGUCGCUUGGAUGACCUUGAAAUUUAUAGGUGACCUUGACCUUCAUACUACAGCAAUUAUGAUAAUGAAAUGAUGAGUUUGAGCAAGGACAGAAAUAUUGUAUAAAUGUCUACAGCUACACAAAUGUGACGCUAUUCAACAAGUUCAGGGGAAAUGUUGGUGUUGGAAUUGCAAUACUUCCAUGUCCGAAAAUGGAGAUUGGAGAAUUGUGACAACCUCAGGUUGGAAGCUGAUCUCUCUAUGUCCUGUGCUUGUUAUCCACGCAUAUAUAUUAUCAUGUGAUAUAUUUAUUUAUUUAUUUAACACACCAGUUUGGUGUUGUCUGUGAUAAUGGCAAGUCACUGGUCUCAUCAACUGUCUGACUGGUUGUUUGUGAAAUGUGUUGUCUGGGUUGUCUCCCUUGUAUUGUCUGGGUUGUCUCCCUUGUAUUGUCUGGUGCAAUUGGACACAGACUUGGAUGGGCAUAUGAAGACACCUCAAGAGACUUGCGAUGACCUUCAAUAUGUGCUAAAAGAAUCAGGAUGAGAUUUCAAAGUUUUGCUUUAUUAUUGUUCUGUUUGAUAUUUGUGGGAAAAUCACCAAGCACGACAUAUUUGACUAUCUCAAGAGUAUUGGUAUGAGGCUGUGACUAGGAAUUUAAGUAAACGCACCGUGAAAAUGACAUAAAGAUGACCACAGUAUUGCCCACAGUAAUGACACAACAACAAUGACACAAUGAUGAUGACAAUGGAAAUGACACAAUGACACUACAACAAUAACACAAUGACACAAUCGAGUUGACAAUGACAAUAAUGACAACAUGAUGGUAAUGCUAUGGAUUACACACUGGCAACUUUAGACACAAUGUUGAUGACAUGAUCAAGAUGACCCAGUGAUGAUCCACUGAAGGCUAAACAACAAUGUUCUCAUUUUGAGACACAUUAACUAGAUAAUUCCUAUAAACAAGGAUUAGAUGCUUACUGUACUUGAUCAAGUCUCAUAAUUUGACAAAGACAAACCUACAGCAUAUGUUACUGAAAGCGGAUCCUUGAUACAUUGCGAAAACUGCAGUGGCUGAGUGGGUUAGAUGGCUCACUCUUUGUUUUGGCGAUAAGGUGCCUGGCUCAGAGUGUGGGUUCAAAUUCCAGAUUGGACUCAAGGCAACAAAAGUACUAGAAUCUGUACUUUACUGAGAAAGUAUAAUCCCAAAUACAUGUAUUACAUAAUCUAUGGUUCUAUUCCUUCAGUGAUUUGUUAACUAGACAAAUGUGAAUCCAAAAUGGUACAUUCAUUCAAUUGUUCAUAUGGACAGCUGUCAUCAUCAUCAUCAUCAUCCAGAUGUGCAAGAAUCAUGCUUCAUAGAUAAACUCAUUGAACAGCAA